UUGAAAACCCACCCGUCGACGGAGACACGAACGUCGUAUUAUUGCUUAUUUUGAGUCUUAAAAAUCCACAAAGAUGUCUAUUUUUACGCCGACCAACCAAAUCCGGCUGACUAACGUGGCCGUGGUUCGGAUGAAGAAGGCGGGGAAGCGCUUCGAAAUCGCGUGUUACAAGAACAAAGUUGUGAGCUGGAGAUCUGGAGCGGAGAAAGACCUGGACGAAGUCCUGCAGACGCACUCAGUCUUCACCAACGUGUCCAAAGGUCAAACAGCCAAGAAAGAAGAUAUAAUCAAAGCGUUUGGGACAGAAGAUCAGACAGAAAUCUGCAAACAGAUCUUGGCCAAAGGGGAGCUCCAGGUGUCGGACAAGGAGAGGCAGAACCAGCUGGAGACCAUGUUCAGGGACAUCGCCACCAUCGUGGCGGAGAAGUGCGUGAACCCUAACACCAAGAGGCCGUACACGGUCAGCCUCAUUGAGCGGGCCAUGAGGGACAUCCACUACUCCGUCAAGCCCAACAGGGGCACCAAGCAGCAGGCCCUGGAGGUGAUCCGGCAGCUGAAGGAGAGCAUGGAAAUCCAGAGGGCCCACAUGAAGCUGCGCUUCCUGCUGCCGGCCAAAGACGCCAAGAGGGUGAAGGAGAAGCUGAAGCCGCUGCUGCAGGGGGUGGAGAGCGAGGAGUUCGACGACGACCUGGAGAUGAUCUGCCUCGUGGACCCCGGCUGCUUCAGGGAGAUCGACGAGCUGAUCCGCUGCGAGACCAGGGGCCGGGGGACGCUGGAGGUUCUCAGCCUGAAGGAGGUGGAGGAGGGAGAGGAGAGGCUGUAGAGACCCGGCCGUCGGACUGAACCGGGCUGAUCCGGGCUGAUCCGGGCCUCGUCGACACUAACACCCGCCGCUGGGGCGUUAAACCUGCAACCCUUAUAAAAGAUUGUUUUCA